AUGGAUUCAGCUUUAGUUGAUGAUGGAAAUAAUUUGGAUCAGAAUGCAAGCAUAGCUGAAGUUUAUUUUUUGCAAGAUCAGAAUGGUUCUACUUCAUGUAGCACGCAUGUAAAAGAUGAAUAUCAUUGUGGAAAAACUUCUGGGAUAAAGAAACUUGCACGUUCUGUAACUUGGGCUGAUGAGAAACCCAAUGGUCUUUCCAUUGGAAAUCUCUGUGAGUUUAGAGAAUUUAAUAACACUGAAGAAGGUCCAAGUACUUCAAGAAGCGAAGAGGCAGGAAAAAAGGAUGAUUCCCACCAAUUUGCCUCUGCUGAAGCUUGUGCGAUGGCAUUGAUCCAGAAGCUGUUGCAUCUGGUUUCCGAGGCUGGAAUCGUAGUAUUGCCACGGCCAAAAACAUCAGAUGAAGGGCAACAUUCUGUAAGAGAUGAUGUAUUAGAGAACUUAGCUACUGAAAAGUUUCGUAAGACACCAGGCAACUUAAAUCGUGUUUUUGACUCUGAUAACUCAUGUUUUGAUACUUCUCCAGAAGGAUUCAGCUUGACAGUAAGUUUUAAUAAUGUCACAGCUUCUUUGAGCAUGUCUAUUGCUGGAUAUGGUAUUUUGAUCUUGGACUCUUGGUCUUUAAUUGCUUGGGCGACCUCUCUUUCCCCGCCAAUCAAUGAUUAG